AUGGCCAAGCACGUCAAACUACCGAAGGUCAGCAAGGACCCAUAUGCUCGUACAUCCUAUCUUUUCCAGGUGGCCAGCUUCCACACGGCCCAAAAAAACCACAUAAUGGCUCGGCUGAUGGCCCGGACUGUUGAUCUUGUGCUGAAAAGGACUGUGCUCAAGCUUCUGCCUCAUUUGAAGCGGCUCAUGUGCAAAAAAUGCUCCUCUGUUCUUGUUCCGGGCCUCACCAUGUCUGUGGAGAUUGAAAACAGUCUGAAAAGCUCGGCGAAAGCCGAUGUCUUGGUGCAUACCUGCCUUACUUGCCAGAAACAAAAGCGGUUUCCCAUCGGAAAGGACCGAGAAUACGAAUUAUUUUGUGACAAAAAGGAUGUUCUUGUCUGA